AUGACGGCUAUUUUACUAUCAUUUGUUUUAAUUGGCAUUUUUGGUAGUGUACUUACCGUUGAGAGAUGGCGACCGGAGAAUCAGAAAAAGCUCAGCAAAAGCGAUGCGCAGGAAUACCUCCACAAAUUCCUCUACCUCCCGCCCCUAAAUUUGGUGGCGGCAGGUCAUGCUGGACCGAGUUUAGCAUCGGCUCGGGAGGAUUUGAAAAAGGCUAUUAUGCAAUUCCAAAAAACGGCCGACAUCCCGCAGACCGGGAUUCUUGACGAUGAGACGAGGACCGUGAUGGCACAACCGAGAUGUGGUGUUCCGGAUAUUGCAAUGUAUACACUUGGAAGAGCCCCACUAAAGUGGAAAAAGAACGCUUUGACGUACUCGAUCGACAGCUAUUCGCAAGAUUUGUCAAGCAGCAUCCAAAAGAAAACAGUGCAAGAGGCUUUCCAGUUCUGGGCCGCCGUCUCGCCGCUGACAUUCCGGGAAGUGGCGAGGGAGGGAGAUAUCAGGGAAUUUGGCUUGGGGAUUACAGGGACAGGGAAA